AUGGCUACCAAACUUCACUCAUCAAGACAUCACGGAAAUAAAUACAAGCGAUCAGACCACUUCUCGCUGAAGAAAUGGCUUAUUGAUAAUCAAAUGGGCAUAUGCCUCACUUUGCUCGCCCCGUUACUGCUUGCCCAAUGUAACGCCGUCACGCGUGCUUUUACGGAAAAAUUCACAUCGCUAUCUUAUUUGAACCCCGAAACAGGGGAAUAUGGCGUCGGCUUUGGCGACAAUUAUUUGGUGGUAGUCCUGAUCGUUCUCUUAACUGGUCUUCGCGAUGGGACGAUGCGCUUCGUUCUGGGGCCGAUUGCCUCAGCAUGGGGUUUGGGCAAAGACAAGUCAAUGAGGUUCAAAGAGCAGGCGUGGUUAUUUAUCUACUAUUCCACAUGUUGGUCUGUGGGCACUUAUAUUUAUGCUACAUCUCCAUAUUGGCUGGAUCUCAAGGCUAUGUGGACGAAUUGGCCCAAUCGCGAGGUCUCAGGCCUUAUGAAAUCUUAUAUGCUAGCUCAACUCGCUUUCUGGCUGCAGCAGAUAAUCGUCGUUAACAUUGAGAAACGUCGAAAGGAUUACUGGCAGAUGAUCUCUCAUCACAUUGUCACCAUCGCUCUAGUGUACAGCUCGUACCGUUACGGCCUCACCCGCGUUGGUAAUGUGGUGUUGAUAUUGAUGGAUCUCAAUGAUCUGAUAUUCUCAGUGGCCAAGUGCCUGAAGUACAUGGGACUUCAAACCUUGUGCGAUAUCAUGUUUGGUGUGUUUGUUGUCAGCUGGGUGCUUUGCCGGCACGUUGCAUUUGUUAUGGUUUGCUGGUCUGUCUACGCCCAUAGCUUGGCCAUUGCAGGUUCAACGUGUUACAUUGGCUCAGGAAAAAAUAUUGACGGUCCUAGACUUGUGCCACAAGGGUAUUUUUACAUGUUUGAGCCACUGAUAUACGACUCUGGGCGGAUCUGCUACGACUACACCAUCAAGUCACUCUUCCUUAGCGGUCUAUUAUUCUUGGAGGGUUUGAUGAUUUUCUGGCUUGUUAUGAUUAUCAAGUUGGUCGUCAGAGUUCUCCGUGGUGGAAAUGCAGAGGACACGCGCAGCGACGAUGAAGGAGAGGCCGAGGAACAAGAGAUCAUGGCACCUAUACAAGUUGUGGUUGAUACGGAGAAGUUUGAAUGUCCAUUGCGUUUUUCAUCCAGUGGAAGAGGCACAUCGUGUGUUUUCCAGACAACAAGUGGUUUGACGAUUGGGCAGGAAAAGAAAAACUAUUUAGGUCGAAUCGGCUGCGAGCAGAGGAUAUCACGUUGA